GUUGACGUUAGCCGCCAGCUGUCAGUAGCAGCUAGCUAAACUUGUGUAUUUUCUUCCACGUAUUAGUUUGAUUUAAAUAUUGUUUUAAAGCUUCUUUUACCAAUUUUAAUUUUAUUUGCAGACUGCUUGAACAAGCGUUAUCUCCUUGACUCUUCCAAUACAUGUUUUAUAUCUAUAAGCACGUUUUCUUCGCGUCGUGGUCUCGAUGGGGAUAACUGUAGCACGCUAGCCUGUUGUUAGCUGCAGCCUGAGCUGGUUGUGCCCUGCAGACAACUCUGCUGUUUGGUAGUCAUUGUUCACUAUCUAAGAGCUGAUUGCUAAAUGGGUAUUUUAGCCAUGCGGUUAUCAAAUAUUGUGCUGCAUACAUACAAUAUAUUAAAACUCGGAUUCGCCGAUAAAUGAAUUAUUACCAGAAGCCAAGAGGGGGAAAAAAAAACUAUUUUGAACGUAUUCAGAUACGGAUGCUUUUCAUUUUAACUGACCUUAUUUGUAUAAUUUAAACAUCACAUUGACUGUUAACGCCAGUUUGUAAUCAACUAUCGGCAGGAGGCACCGUGUGUAUAAAAAAUACAAUAUGGAUAAGAAAUCUUUUGACAUAGUCUUGGAUGAGAUAAGAAAGUGCGUCCUGACAGACCAGCGGGUCAGAGCUAUAGAGCAGGUCCAUGGAUAUUUUUCCAGUGAGCAGGUAGUGGAAAUCCUGAAGUACUUCUCAUGGGCAGAACCUCAGAUCAAAGCAGUAAAAGCACUGGAGCAUAAAAUGGUUGCGAUCCCUACAACCAAAGUUGCCAACAUCCUGAACUGCUUUACCUUCACAAAGGACAGACUUGUUGUCUUGGAAUCAAUUGCUCUGAAUAUUUCAGAUGCUCAGAAUUAUCGGCCGGUUGAGGAUCUGUUCAGAACGCACUUGUCUGAGAAGAAGCGUGCUCGCAGAAUAUUAGACCAGGUUUGUAAGGUCGGCUGCAAGGCUCCAGUAGCUAUGAUCUCCUCAUGUGGAAUGAUCCCUGGAAAUCCAUAUCCUAAAGGCAGACCCAGCUUGAUCACUGGAACUUUUCCUGGAAUUAUUCCAAUAAAAAAAGAGGGUGAGAAAAAAAAAGACAGCUCCACCAGCAUUGAGGGGAAAGGAAUUGCUUCCAGGAUUAUUGGACCAUUCAAACCUUUUCCCUCGACUUACAACCCUCAUAGACCUGUUCCUUACCCCAUACCGCCCUGCCGGCCUCAUGCCACCAUCGCCCCAAGUGCGUACAACAAUGCAGGCCUUGUUUCUGUGGGAGGGGUCAUAACAGCCAACGUGCCCCCUCCCCCCUACCGCUCUUCUCACAAACUAGCAGGUUACACCAAACCUGGGAAUCCCCAGAACACCACACCUGGAGUCAACAGCGGGCCCCUUCUCAUUCCUCAUGGAUCCACUCCUUCUACCCCUGCCCCACCCCAGGCUUCACCUGCUCAGCCACCUCCUCCAACCACCCCCAUUACACCAGUUUUCCCUGGCAUGGUUCCCUCCCACAACCUGAAUGCCCCCUCUCCUUCCCCAGCUCCAUCUCCCUCUGUUAUCAAAGCCGGACCACAGACCCCCAGUGGUCAUGUCACACCUACACCGUCGUCUGUCAUUAAAGCCCACACCCCCUCAGGAACCCCUUGUGGAACUCCUGUUCCUGGCAGUGGAGGUUUUCCUUCUUCCCCUUUCCAUGGCCUUUCUCGACCAGGCACCCCAGCUUCUUCUCGUAGUGGCCAGGACCCGCAGUUACAGUCCAACUCCAUAGGAUCAGCUCAACAAAGAGCUUAUUCCCAGUCUGGUGACCAGCAGUCAGGAACCAGCUUCUCUGGUGUGCACCCAGGUAACCCAUCUGGUUCAGUGAUUAGAAGCUAUACACCUUCACCUCAGACUCCUAGAUCUUCCACUCCGGGUGUUCCAAACUGUUCCACCCCUGUACCCAGUCCUAAACCCUCCCCUAGUCACUCAGUUCAGGCCCAAGCUCAGGGUGUUUUGGCUGGAACCCUCAACAGGCAACCUGGAGGGAACAACAGUGGCAGUAGCAGCCCUGUACCCUCAGCCUUUAAGGGUACAUCUCGUUCUGGUACACCGUCGAUCAGCCCACUGGUGACACCUGGCUCUGCUCAGGCCGCUCUUGCUCGUUCUUUGGGCCUUUCACACCCCUCAGGUUCUCCUCAGGUGUCUCUCCCUAGUGCGGUUGCUAUCACUGGCCUUCAAGCAAUGUCAUCCAGCCCAGCUCCGGCUCAUUAUCCAGGUCUGUCACCUUUUCCGGCCCUGUCAUCUUCUUCUCUUCCCUCUGCCACCAUCCCUUCAUCUGUACCUCCCUCCCCCAACCAUCCACCAUCUUCUAUCUACCAGGGCUUAGCCCCUGUUGCUGCUCCUACUGCAGCUUCACCUUUCGCUCUAGGCCUCACAUCUACCCCCUCUAUAUUCCCAGGCCUUUCCCCUGGGCCUAACCCCUCCAACUUUACUGGACUUGCUGUAUCAGGGGGGGCUGGAACCAGGAGCCCUGUGUUACCUUCCUUUAUGGGAUUACCUGGAGCAGCUAAAUCCUCAGUAGCAUCUGUGGCCCCACUGCAGGCAGCCGCAGUAGGGGUUCCCUCUUCUUCACCAGUCUUACCUGGGUUUGCUUCUGCUUUCAGCUCCAAUUUCCAGCCAGGUUUGACUGGUGGACUUCAGCCUCCAGGAGGUAGUGGAUUCCCUGGCUUGCUGUCUUUCCCCACAGUACCAGGCUUCACUCCCUCUGCUUCAGCUGCUGCACUCAGCAGCCUCCACGACCCAGCGAUGCCAUCUGCUCUGCUUCAGGCUCAUCCAACAUCUGCAUUGGAGAAUUUCCCUCCUCAGUCCAACAGCUUUCCAAGCUACCCUCCGGGCCCCGGAAACCCUUUCCCUCUCCAACCAGGACUACACCCCCAGUUGGGCUGGCAGUGAAGCAAACAGUUAGAGAUUUUCAAACAUAGACAUUGAACCCUUUGCUUUGCCCCUCCUUAUCCUUCCACGAGAUAAUAUGUCACUGGCCUUGAACCCUCAGGACCACAUAAGAGGAUUUUUAUUUUUGUUUAUGUUACAGAACGAGUGUCUAAUUGCAAGGAAACACUAGUCUGGAUAUGUAUGCCAUACUUUUAAUAACUAGUAGGUAGACGUAAAUAUCAACGGUGAAGUUGUGAGACUAAACGAAUAGAUUGUGAUUAGAAUCAAGAAUACCUUUAACCUGCCUGUUUUUAUGAUGCCUAGAUUUAUUAUUGUUUUAUGCAAAUUAUGAAAACAACCUAAAACAUAGUUAUUGUAAUUUUAAUGAACUGUUUUCUAUGAUUCACCAGGAUA